AUGGAGUCGCGUCCAACUCUGAACUACGAUAUCCUCCUCGAGGUCAUGAACUUCUCCUCGCGGCCCGACUGUUCGCGAUUCAUGCGCACUUGUCGCUUCUUUUAUACCCACGGGUGCGAAGCGUUGCUCUCGCACCCUAUCUUUCUCUACGGGGAGGACCAACUGAUCGAUCUUAUCAAUUUCUUGCGAAUCCAAGGCACCAAGCGUUUCAAAUACGUCCACUCACUCGACAUGAACAUCUGCAAUCUUACAGAGUCGACCGCGCUGCAGCUGGCCACCGCGCUGCCUUUGAUGACCAAGCUCGAAGAACUGCGUAUACCGUACAGCGAGAGCCUCAUACUGUCCCACCCCGGCCUUGCUGAGGCGAUCUCCUCUCUCACCUCCAUCCGGGUUCUAAGGUUGGGUUACAUGGGCGAACUUGCAAUCGAGAUGCUCCAGUCUCUUCGGUCCAGUCUUGUCAAAGUCUACCUCGAGCUCUACACCGACUUUGAUGACGAUGAAGUUCCUGAAGAAGACAGGAUACUAUACCAUUAUACCGCGCUCUUGGGACAGUCCGAGUCUACACUUCAAGAGUUAUGCAUCGGCAAAUGGUACACGGUCCCCGACACUCCCCCGUCACCUAUGCUAGUGUUCCCGAAAAUGCGCAAGCUCACCCUACCCAGCCCCAUCUUCCCGCGCAGGGCUACGUCCUACGCUAGCGCGUACCCACAUUUGACGCAUCUAUCCUUCUGGAGGCACUCGUUCGAUACGCGCUCAUCUCUGUCUCGCAUGGAGACUCUCCGUGCCCGAAACAUUCAGGAGCAAACCCAGUUGGGCUGCGCUUGGGAAUCGUUGCAGCACUUCGAAGGGAAUCUUCAUGAUCUCUAUCGACUCGGCCUGACUGGCCUUAUCGAUGACAUGCAUUUGACCAACCUGUGUUCAGACGAACGGCACAUGCUCGAUUCCGUGCUGUCCUAUGGCCGCCCCCGGAAGCUUGUCUUAUCCAACCCGUGGCCUUGGAAGCUCCAUGAUCCGGCCUCAGAUGUAUUUGCAGCAUUUCGUGGACCAGGCGGCUCGCGCCUUGAGGCGCUAGAGAUGAAGAGCAAGUUGGGAAAGGACGACUGUGAUCUCGAGGUCGGCAUAGCUUUGGAAGGACUGCUCUCCGCUCUUGCAGCGAAUGCGCCCUUGAGACGAUUGCGGCUUUCGAUAGGUACUGACGAUGUGGACCCGCGGCCGAGCGAUCUCAAACACCGCGACAUGAUGUCCCGCUACAGGGAUAUUGUAUGGCUCGAAGAAGAAGAAGAUAAUUAUCCCACGCGCCCCCUGCAAGACCUUCAGUCUUACCCCCUCAAUCUUGCGGAGCGAUCAACCAACGACUUCGACCUGGAAGACUAUAUUCGCCGAUUCGUUACUGCGGUGCCCACGCUGCAGAAAGUGGAAUUCACCUUAGGUGGCCCCCGGUGGCGAACUAGGACGGUAACCCUCACCGACGGCAAGUUCAAGUUGUAUGAGCGUUGA